GCUCCAUUCCUUACUACAAUUUCAGAGAUAGCGGCACUACUUGUCAGCUUGCAUGCUCUGUUUUUCCCCAGUUAUGGAGUCAAUUGCUUCAUCCUCGGUUUCUAAAGUGCUUGUGAUGCCCACUCUUUUCCCACGUGCUGUCCUUUACGGACUUGCUUCGAAAAUCACCACCCUCCCCUGCUUAUACUACAAAUUCGGGCACAUUGUCGUUCUGGACUGUGUUCGAGCCAUUGUGAGCCUUUCUGGUGCUUGUUUCUGUAAGUUGGUUGACAAAACGAUUUGGAAUCAUUCCUCUGCUGGCUCAAGCUCUCCCUGCUUUCGGACAACAGUACACUUGCCGUCUUGUUGUUUGCUUCAAUUUUCGUAUGCCUGGUACGUAGGAUGUUUUUCUUUUUCUGCUUCUAGGUUAAAACGUCGGGGUUACAGUAGAGGCACUUUAGAGCUGUAGCCCUUGGAGGCCGCAUGGCUAGCGUUUUGCGCCGUUUCUUGAAGGUGCCGCCGAGAGAGCCUCUCCUUGAAUUAGAGGCCGAUUGGUCUGCAGUAUCUCCUGCGGGUUUAGGGUUAUUGUUCAAAGAGUUACUGGCUGAUUUUAUGGGAGCUCCACCGCCACCCGAGGUACUGGAAGCUCGAGAGUUUUACAAACGGGCAUGGAAGACCGCAAAUAUUGCAGACAUCUAUUUUCGGAAUCGUCACAUAUUCAGUGCUACCAAUCCAGGAUUUCUUGUGCGAGGAAUUAUAUAUGACAUGCCAUCCCUCAUUUACAGAGAUCACAAGGCCCCGACCAAUACGUCAGAAUCUAUGCUCGCUUCGAGUACCAGCUCUUCGACAUCAAGUAGUACCGCAGAGCCCGUGGAGAAAUACGAUGUUAAGCGGCGAGACUGGUCUUCGUUGCUACUUGAUUUCGACACAGUCGAAGCGAAGAAUAAUACGAAGGCUGACGACACUGCAGUGUCCGCAGACCAAGUAAUGGAAUCGUUAGGGUUGAAGGCAGUUGUACCUGGGCUUAAGGAUCGUGUGGGGAUAACGUUGCCUGGGCGAAAGGAAAUGAAGCCAAGAUCUAAAAUGGAGGAGAAGCAAGCACUGGAAGAAGUUAUGGGCAGAGGUGAUAGCAUUCGUGCAAAAUAUGCUGCUAAGAUUUUUCAGAAGAAGAUGUUAGCUGAAGCAAGACGUGAACAAGCUAAGUUAGGUAUUUUUCUGACUGCAAGUCCUAGAGCUUCUUCGAAAGGAUGGCAGGCCAUGCCAGGGGCGCCAGCACUCGUUCGUUAUAUGGAGGAACGUGGGUUGAAACAAGCUCUCUUAGCUCGUGGAUCUGAGGAAGACCUUACUUGUUUGUUGGACCAGUUGGGCAAUUAUCAAUUUCAACAUAUUACCCAUUUAAGCAGCGGAAGCAGUGAAAUGGCAUUUGGAGAAACUCUAAGCAAUGAGCAGUUGAAGAGAGUAUGCACGAAUUGGGCGCUUCCUCCUAAACAAGUUAUGGUGGUGAUUGGCAGUGGGGCACCGGGCAAAGCUGCGUUGGCUGCUACUGAAGAUUCCGGCUUCUUUGUCUGCCAAGUUAAUAAUUCUCCUCAUGAGGACAAGCAAGAACAAAACAUCACAGAGACACUCGGAACCAAUGCCAAGUCCUCAGUCCAAAAGAAGGGAUUAGUUUCGUGGUUCAAUCAACUGAAGGAAGGUACUCUGCAUGUGGAUGAAGACAACGACUCAAGAAUGCGGCAUUUGUUCCCCAAGGGGCAUAUACAUUUCUCAGUGACAGAUAUGGUUGAGCUAAAGUGGGUGAUUGAGGAUCUCAAUGGUGUCUCGUAUCGCAAGAGUACACUGAUAAGUGGAUUUCAAGAUCUUGGACAAGGAGCGAAGCAGUUGUAAUCUUGGGGCUGUUAUCUCCUUUAUUAUCAAAGAUCAGAGAUGACAGUCUUGUUGUAUGGCUGUGCUUCACAAUGAGUGUAAAAAACAGGGAACAUUAGAUAGGAGAUUUGCUUGGUUGAAACUGGAAGUUGCCUUCCCUUUUGGAAUAAGGGGAGUAAUGUACUACAUUUAUGCAUAGGUGAAGUUACAGCUUCUCCUUGGUCUAACUAUUGAAUAUAGUCUCUAAACAUCCUCCAAGAUUUUUCAUCACAAA